AUGGGUGGUGAAUAUCUUCAGUUGUUUUCGGACGAGCUAAAUGGGAUUUUGAGAGACUAUGUUGGCAGGGAGAGUCCACUUUAUUUUGCAGAGAGGUUAACAGAGCAUUACAAGCGUCCGAAUGGUGAAGGGCCACUCAUAUACCUAAAGAGGGAAGACUUGAAUCAUACUGGUGCUCACAAGAUUAAUAAUGCUGUUGCACAAGCUUUGCUUGCGAAACGGUUGGGUAAGAAACGCAUUAUUGCUGAGACUGGGGCUGGUCAGCAUGGAGUUGCCACUGCCACUGUUUGUGCCCGUUUUGGUUUACAGUGUAUUAUAUACAUGGGUGCCCAGGAUAUGGAAAGGCAGGCUCUUAAUGUUUUCAGAAUGCGUCUUCUCGGUGCUGAGGUUCGAUCAGUCCAUUCUGGGACGGCCACGCUGAAAGAUGCUACAUCUGAAGCUAUAAGGGAUUGGGUGACUAAUGUCGAGACAACCCAUUAUAUAUUGGGAUCUGUUGCUGGUCCUCAUCCAUACCCCAUGAUGGUUAGAGAAUUCCAUGCAGUGAUCGGUAAAGAAACAAAAAAACAAGCUAUGGAGAAAUGGGGUGGAAAGCCAGAUGUUCUGGUUGCAUGUGUUGGAGGAGGUUCAAAUGCCAUUGGUCUCUUCCAUGAAUUUAUCAAUGACCAGGAUGUUAGGUUGAUUGGUGUUGAGGCUGCAGGUUCUGGCAUAGACACUGGUAAACAUGCUGCUACCUUGACCAUAGGGGAAGUUGGGGUGUUGCAUGGAGCUAUGAGCUAUUUAUUACAGGAUGACGAUGGGCAAAUAUUUGAGCCACAUUCCAUUAGUGCCGGCUUGGAUUACCCUGGAGUUGGACCUGAGCACAGUUUUCUGAAAGAUGAAGGGCGCGCUGAGUACCAUUCUGUCACUGAUACCGAAGCAUUGGAAGCUUUCAAGAGAUUAUCGCAACUAGAGGGCAUAAUCCCAGCUCUGGAGACGUCUCAUGCGCUGGCAUAUUUGGAGCAACUGUGCCCGACCCUCCCUAACGGGACAAGAGUUGUGCUUAACUGCAGUGGUAGAGGUGAUAAAGAUGUUCAAACAGCCAUCAAGCAUCUAAAAGUUUGA